UCCCGGCAAUCAGCAGUCAUUGACUUGACCUCGAGUCCUCUAACCAGGAGCCAAUAGCCUAUAUAAAGCCUCGCAGAUCUCAGUAUUAACUAUUCCACCUCUCUCCGUUGACUCCCAUCGAUCUCUUGCUCAAGUUAUUCUCAUCAUCUUCUCCAUCCCAUCCUCCGCAGCAGAGGUAACGAGAUAGAGGUGGCCGGGAAAUGAUGUGGUACAAAGUAGCCAAGGCCUCCGAGUUCCUGGCCAUCACCGGCUACGGCAUCAAGGACAUCAAGUUGGCCAAGAAAGCAUGGAUCUUGCCCGGCCAAUGCUGCACCACCUUCGACAUCUCUCCCGUGAACUACACCUUCGAGGUCCAGGCCAUGAGCGCCGAGAAGCUCCCUUUCCUCCUGCCGGCGGUGUUCACCAUCGGCCCUCGCGUCGACAACGAAGAUUGCCUCCUCAAGUACGCCCGGCUUAUCACCCCUCACGACAAGCUCUCCAGCCACGUCAAGGAGCUGGUUCAGGGAAUCAUCGAGGGAGAGACGAGGGUGCUGGCCGCCUCCAUGACCAUGGAGGAGAUCUUCAGAGGCACCAAGGAGUUCAAGUCCGAAGUCUUCGGCAAGGUGCAGUUGGAGCUCAACCAAUUCGGCCUCCUCAUCUACAACGCCAACGUGAAGCAGCUCGUCGAUGUCCAGGGCCAUGAAUACUUCUCGUAUUUGGGUCAGAAGACUCAGAUGGAGGCUGCCAACCAAGCCAAGGUGGAGGUCGCGGAGGCGAGGAUGAAGGGGGAGGUGGGGUCGAAGCUCAGGGAAGGGCAGACGCUCCAGAACGCCGCGAAGGUCGACGCGGACACCAAAAUCUACUCGACGCAGAGGGAGGGGGAGAGCAGAAAGGCGGAGAUCAGGAUGCAGACGGAGGUGAAGGUGUUCGAGAACGAGAGGGAAGCAGAGGUGGCCGAGGCCAACUCAGAGCUCACCACCAAGAAGGCGGAGUGGAGCCGUCAGGCCAUGAUUGCGGACGUUGAGGCCGCCAAGGCCGUGGCUAUAAGAGACGCAGAACUUCAGCAGGCAGUGGAGAUGAAGAAGGCGGCGGCAGAGACGGAGCGGCUCCGUGCACAGAUGCUCAGCAAGGCCAACGUCGAGCUGGAGACGAAGAUGAAGGACGCAGAUUCGGUGUAUUACCAGAAGAAGAAAGCAGCCGAGGCAUCUCUGUUCGAGAAGGAGAAGGAAGCUGAGGGAAGGAAAGUGGCGGCAGAAGCGGCAUUCUUUGCGAAGCAGCAGGAGGCAGAGGCAGAGCUUUAUGCGCAACGGAAGGCGGCCGAAGCAAGGGUUGCAGCCGCCGAGGCCGAGGCCUAUUACGUAGGCAAGAUGUUGGCUGCCUUAGGAGGCGACUAUAUGGCUUUGAGAGACUAUAUCAUGAUCAAGGAAGGGGUGUAUCAGGAGAUCGCUAAGACCAAUGCUCAGGCAGUGAAUGGACUAAAUCCUAAGAUCAGCGUUUGGAACAAUGGCAGCGAGGGAGUGGGGAGUGGUGAUGGCGGUGCAGCACCAACCGCCAUGAAACAGAUUGCCGGUGUCUACAAGAUGCUGCCUCCUCUAUUUGAGACAGUGCAUGAGCAGACAGGGAUGCUGCCACCCACUUGGAUGGGCAGCCUGAAGGACGACAGAGGCAGAGGCAGCCGGAAAAUAAUGUGGUACAAAGUAGCCAAGCCCGCCGAGUACCUGGCCAUCACCGGCUAUGGCAUCAAGGACAUCAAGCUGGCCAAGAAAGCAUGGAUCCUUCCCGGCCAGUCCUGCAUCACCUUCGACGUCUCUCCCGUGAAUUACACCCUCGAGGUCCAGGCCAUGAGCGCCGAGAAUCUCCCUUUCCUCCUCCCUGCGGUGUUCACCAUCGGCCCUCGCGUCGACAACCCUGAAAGCCUCCUAAAGUACGCCCGACUUAUCCCCUCGCACGCCAAGCCUUCCAGCCACGUCAAGGAGCUGGUUGAGGGAAUCAUCGAGGGAGAGACGAGGGUGGUGGCCGCCUCCAUGACCAACAAGGAGCUCUUCAAAGGCACCAAGGGGUUGAAGUCCGAACUCCUCACCAAGGUGCAGUUGGAGCUCAACCAAUUCGGCCUCCUCCUUUACCACGCCAACGUGAAGCAGUUCCUCGAUGUCCCCGGCCACGAAUACUUCUCGUACUCGGGCCAGAAGACUCAGAUGGUGGCUGCCAACCAAGCCAAGGUACACGACGCAGAGGCAAGGAUGAAGGAGGUUGGAUCGAAGACUCGGGAAGGGCAGACGUUCCAGAACGCCAAGAAGGUCGACGCGGACACCAAGAUCUGCUCGACGCAGAGGCAGGAGGAGAGCAGAACACUGACAGAAGUGAACUUGAUCCAGAAAGAGUGGGUACCGGAGGUGGUGAAGGAGCUGAUCACCAUUAUUGAAUGUAGCUAUAGCGACAGUUGUGGACAGACGGAAACUUGUAAUUCAAGUGUAGAUAACGGGGUGGUUAGUUGGUAACUCCCUCGCUGUGCCGUAGGGAAGAUACAUAUUUUAUUUUGCCUUGUGUAAUUUUUAUAUUCAAUCUCUCAUUAACAAGAGAUCAAGGUCUCAUGGAUGAAACCAGGUUAAUUUUCUUCGUG